CUUGAAUCCAGUUUCGGGACACCGCCUCGUCCCUAAUUCUUUCUUUGCCGAGAACGUGAAGAGGGGAUUCGGAAGCACCCCCGCAGGAAGGCGAUGAUCGUGCGGACGUACGCCCGAAGGGCUACCCGCUGCGGCGCUGGCCGCUCCUCCUCCGAUCCCAUCCUCCUCGAGUCUCCCGACGCCGACGACGACCCCGAUUCCGCCGCCGGUGAGCUCCUCGACCUCCCCUUCUCCCAGGACAGCUCUCAUGGCCGCCACGCUCCUGCCAUUUCCGCAUUAUCCUCCCAAGAUUGCUCCUCCCCUUGGUCUUUCGACCCCUUCGACGUCCACGACGAAGCCCCCGCGCUCCCCCGCGACCCGCCGAACGAAUUCCACGGAUCGGACGGUCCCAGGACGGUGUCGUGGGCAUCGGCGAGGGAUCCGUCGGCGGAAGUGACGACGUCGACGCUGAUGGAAGCGCAGGAGUUCGGGGAGAUGAUGGAGCACGUGGACGAGGUGAACUUCGCGCUGGAUGGGCUACGGCGGGGGCAGCCAGUGAGGGUCCGGCGUGCGAGCUUGCUGUCGCUUUUGUCGGCUUGCAGUACGGCCCAGCAGAGGCGGAUUCUCCGGGUGCAGGGGAUGGCCAAGAGGAUUAUUGAUGCCAUAUUGGGUCUGAGAUUAGAUGAUUAUCCAAGUACAGUCGCUGCUGCUGCUCUUUUUUACGUCUUGGCAAGUGAUGUUCAAGAUGAUCAUUUGCUGGAUUCACCAUCUUGUAUUGGUUUUCUUCUUAAGUUAUUGAAUCCAACAAUUCCUGAGACCACUGGGGACAAGGCAUCAACUUUUGGAUCUAAGCUUCUUGGAAAACAUAAGACUCAAGUAGUAGAUAGUACAUAUAAAGGAUUAGAUUCCACCUCAAGGGCUAUCUUUUCAAAAGUUUCAGAAAUCCUUAUCAGUUGUAAAGAGAUAAAAUCAGGCACUGAGACUGCUGAUAGAACAGAGAGGCCAGAGCUGAGCCCCAAAUGGAUAGCUUUAUUGGCCAUGGAGAAAGCAUGCUUAUCCACUGUAUCAUUUGAAGAUGCAUCUGAUAUGGUGAAAAUGCCUGGGGGGGACUUCAAAGAAAAGUUGAGAGAGCUUGGUGGACUUGAUGCAAUCUUUGAUGUUCUUGCUAGCUGCCACUCCACCUUGGAGGCAUGGCAUAGCUCAUCUUCAUUCUUUCACUUAAACGAUGAAUCAGUGUUGCAAAGUAUGCUACUUCUUUUAAAGUGUUUGAAAGUUAUGGAGAAUGCAACAUUUCUAAGCAAGGAUAAUCAGAAUCACUUACUUGGGAUGAAACGUAAGUUGAACUCUGGUGGCCUACAAUUGUCUUUUGUUGGGGUCAUCAUCAAUGCCAUCAAAUUCUUUUCAGAUUUUUCUUUGCUCCAGAGUAAUAUCAAUGUUUCAAACAAUGAAAAGUUAAUUUCUGAAGUUCAGAGUCUUCAGGUGAAACAAAAACUGAAAGAUAACAACAACGAGACCUCAGAUAGUCAUUGUGUUGGGUGUUCUGAUGUUGACAGGGAUUCUGAAGUGAAGGUCAUUAAGAUAUGUCAUAAACGUCAGAAGUCAUCUUAUUCUCAGUCAGAAGUGUCUCUUUCUGGUUCAGAAAUGGAAACUCAUUUUUCUGCCUCAGUUUCAUGUGAUGUAAUUGAUAGAUCAACUGGAGACAGCUCUGCAAAUGGUAACAAUUUAAAAACAAAAAUAAAUGGUAGUGGUUCAAAAAUGAAUUCUCAUAGGGUUUCAAAUCGAUGGAUCUCUAUAAAAACUAAUGGUGCAGCUGGCAGCAUGUCUGAAAGACCUCAUUUACCGAAAUAUGUUAAAGGUAAUUGUAAAUUGGACAUGCAUGAUCCUUUUGCAUUCAAUGAUGGUGAAUUAGGACCUUCGAAGUGGGAAUUGUUGGCAAAAAAGAAAGAAAUAACUGCACAUGAAGGUGCUUUAGCAAGUAAAGACGUUUCAAAUGGAUGUGACCUCCCGAUAUGUACCACAGAUGAUGUGUUGAGUCAACUAACAAAUGCAAAAAACCAUGAUGAUUGUGCAGUGUCUCAUUCAUCAGGAAUUGAUGAAGAUUCAAGCCUUGUGGGAGACUGCCUACUUACGUCAGUCAAGGUUCUUAUGAACUUAACAAAUGACAAUCCUGUAGGGUGUCAGCAAACUGCUGCUUGUGGUGGACUGCACACUAUGGUUUCUUUAAUAGUUAAUCAUUUUCCAUCAUUUGACUGUUUCUUCCAAUCGAAUGGCAAGGGGAAAGAGAAUACCUCUUCUACCAACCUACACAACAAUGACUGUCAUCUGAACAACAGACAUCUCCUUGAUUAUGAAUUGGAUUUGUUGGUAGCUUUGUUGGGUUUGCUUGUCAACCUUGUGGAGAAGGAUAGUCAAAACAGAUUGCAUCUUGCAGCAGCUCGUGUUUCAGCAAGCCAAUCAGGAAAACCAGAAAGCACAGAGACACAGAGGGAUGCAAUUCCUUUGUUGUGCUCCAUAUUUUUGUCAAAUCAAGGAAAUGGGGAUGCUAAAGAGGAAAGAACUUAUAUAUGUGAUGAUGAAGAGUCUUUGUUGCAAGGAGCACGUGAGGCUGAAAUGAUGAUCAUCGAAGCAUAUGCAGCUUUAUUGCUUGCCUUUUUAUCAACGGAGAGUUCCAAAGUCCGUGAAGCCAUUGCCAACUGCCUUCCGAAUCGGAACUUGCAAGUUCUAGUUCCUGUUUUAGAAAGAUUUGUGGCAUUCCAUCUGUCGCUAAACAUGAUGCCUCCAGAAACACACUCAGCUGUUGUCAAAGUAAUCGAGUCCUGUAAAGGACCUUAUUGAAGAGAUCGUGCACAGUGCUGCUGGUCUUUUCUGCGCAAUGUGGAAGUUAUUCAGUUCUCAGACAAUGAGGAAGAGUCCUGGGUUAGCUUCUCUGCUUUGGGCUCUGAAGACUCUUAUGGCAACUUGUAUCCUUUUGUCUUAUAAUCUUUUCUUUGUUGUUUUAUAUGAUUUUUCUCCCCACUUCAUGCUGCCACGGUUGUAUCAUAUAUUUAAUAAACAUCACAAGAUGCAUUGUUAUUAAUGUUCCUGUCAUCUGAAUCAAAUAGAUGUAGUAAAUGAGAGAAGGCUCUGUUCAAAA